AUGAAAGUGAUUGUACAUGAUAAAUACAUCAAUCACUCUACAUGCUUCACCAAUGGAACGUUCAAGCUGCAUAAUGCACGGAAGACAGACUCUGGAGAUUACAAGCUGCAAACAUAUGCAUCUGAUGGAAAACUGUUGCAAACAAUCAACAAGCAUCUAGAAAUACAAGCUCCAGUGUCAAAGCCAGCUGUGUCUCAGAUGUGUUUGUCACCAGAACAGAUGAACAUCAGCUGCUCCUCUGAGGGAGACGGAGUAGAGUUCAUUUUGACUUUGGACGGCCUCUUAUUGAUGCAGACCACAGGCCACAGCCAGUCCCUGAGCAACUGGACAGUAAACAUGCAGUCACUGGCUGGGAGUAAACCUGAACAAGACAAACCCAGUGUUUCAAAUGUUACCAUCAGCUUACACGGUCAGCUGACUGGAAACUUGAUGUGUAAUGUUCGAAACAAUGUCAGCAGAGAAGAAACAGUUAUCCGUCUUACAAGCUGUAAAGGUUUCAUUUCUCACUCCUCUUUCGUGACUGUGGCUGUUAUAGCAAGUGCUGCAACUCUACUUCUCCUUUUGGCUCUGUUUCUUGGUAUCAAACAUUUAAAUAAGAAACCAAGACCCAUGACUGUUAAUGAAGAUAACACUGAAGAUGAAAUUGUCUACUCAGAUGUAAGAGUGAUGAAAGAUACAAGAAAAUCCAGACCCAAUUGACAUCAAAAUGCAACUUUAAUUUUAAAACAUUAUUCAUGACCUUGCCUUAGCCUAAACCCUAACCUUAACCAAAGGAAUUCCCCCUAUAUAUAAUAUUUGUUUACAUUUUGGAAAAUUGGCACCAUUAAAAGUAUACAGAAUUAGCUAUUAGCAGUUCCUGUUUGCAAUGUACCCAUAAAUAUACAGACAACUAUCACAGGAUUAUUUUGAUGACUCUCAGGAAGGUUCUGUAGUUGUAAGGAGGGUCUUUUUGUUUAUUUGCGCUAGACAUCAAUGACAAUAUCAUACUCUGAAAGUUUAAGUCACAAAAAUCUAAAAAUAUGUGUAUCAUCCAUGAACCGUGUUGAUAAGCAGGUCAAAUGAGUGAACCAAACUACAAUGAUUAACAUCCUGUUGUUUUUACAACACCGCUCACAUAAACUAUAACCCAGUUUCACUGAGCUGCUACGAUGAACUGACACACCACCACGACUACAUGAAGCAGCACAGAGAUCAAAGUGAAAGUGCAGUCUAGAUUUUACAUUAAAAAGGCCACAUAUCUAUAAAGAGAGAUAAAGCAAUGAUCCACAGCUAAUCAUAAAGAAAAAACAAAUCUCUCCUCAGUAGCAAAAAUGGGAUGGAUAAACAGAUACAUUUCCUUGGUCCACAGUCAGUUUUAACUCAAGACCAGUCAUGGCUACAUCACCCUGUUGUUAAAACGCUCCUCACACAAUCAGACAGUACAGACAUCUAUACCAACCAUCCAUUAUCCAUCCAUGCCAAUUCCUUAUUAAAGUGUCAUUUGUCAUUAUGUUUGUGAUUUUUAACUGCUGUAGAAAGUUAUCACGGUUAGUGUACAAACCUAAAUAAUGACAGGAACACCUCACAUAGUGCAUGAUCAUUCAGAAGAGAAUACUUUUCUUAGUGCUUUCCUUGAAUCUUUGUUCACUGGCAAGGCGUUGAUGACAAAUAACCACUUUCUUGAUUCUUAUCACGCAACAAGACAACUGACAAGAAGAGCAUACACCAGCCUGUUACUGAUACAUUUUCAGGUCAGUCUUCAACAGCCAGGAAGAAGACAACCACAUUUUGAAGUGGUAUAAAACUAACAACCAUAUAAUAGUGGAAAGGCCAUAUGUGAAACCAAGCACCCUUUAAUUUUUAAGUUUUUUAGGAUAUAGAAGAAAUUUAACUUAAGGUUUUAAUGUUAAUUUGAUUUAUGUAUUACAGCAGAAGAAAAAGGACUUCUCAUCUACAUAAUCAUCACAGCUCUGGCAAAAAGCACAUUUCAGUGAAUAUAGUAUAUAUUAUAAUAGUAUUGUGUAUAU